GGAGGCUGAGGAGAAAGUUUCACAAGUUCUUCUACAGUCAGUGGUUCUUUGCGGCGUGUGUACAACAUGGAUCAAGAACGGGAUAACGCAAAACUGCAAUAUCUCAGCAAAUGCAGACUUAUUAAACAAGGAGCUGAGGCUAGAGUUCACCGUGGCACAUUCUUGGGUAAACCUACCAUUAUCAAAGAACGGUUCUCGAAGCGAUACAGACACCCAACCCUCGAUGAAAAGCUCACGCACCGACGCACUACUCAGGAAGUGCGGUCAAUCCUACGAUGCAGAAAAGCUGGUAUCAGAACUCCGGUUGUCUACUUCGUGGACUACUCCUCCCACUGCAUCUUCCUGGAAGACCUCGAAGGCUCCAUCACUGUCAGAGACCACAUAGUCUCCAGCCAAGAGUCUGGUCAGGACCCAGUAUGCCUCGCCGCCUUAGCCCAAGACAUUGGCAAGAUUCUGGCCAAAAUGCACGACGAAGACGUUGUUCACGGUGACCUGACCACGUCAAACAUGUUGUUGCGUCAAGCUUCAGGAGAUGGGAAGUCUGAACUUGUCCUUAUCGACUUCGGUUUGAGCUUCUACUCUGCCCUGCCAGAGGAUAAAGGAGUGGACCUGUAUGUGCUGGAGAAAGCCUUCUUGAGCACACACCCAAAUACGGAGGAGCUGUUUCAGAAGCUCCUGAAAAGCUACACAGAGAGCUCCAAGAAGGCUCCCUCUGUCAUCAAGAAACUGGAUGAGGUGCGAAUGAGGGGGAGGAAACGGUCAAUGGUUGGUUAAAAAAAAAAACAUGUGGGACUGUCAAACAGACUGUUUUGUUUUGUUGGUUGGUGGUAGUACCACUUUUUUUUCUUUUAAGUUUUUUUUGGGGCUCUGGUGCUUUAUUCAUGAUGGGACAGUGACAGAGGUACAGGAAAAGAGUUGGGAGAGAGAUGGGGAAGGACUGGCAAAUGACCCAGGCCAGAAUCGAACCCGGUUUGCCGACGUACCUAGUGCUAGGGCUGCACAAUUAAUCGAAAAAGAAUCAAAAUCGUGAUAAAAUAGUGAAAUCGAACUCAUGAUUUUAAUCGUGAUUUAAUCGUGGCAAAAGUGACUUACUUUUGAGAGCGUCCUUGAAGCCAGAACAUACUGACAGGCUGGUGUUUCUUGCCAGAAAUCUGUCCACUUAAGUUUCAUGCUAUUGCCUUUACAUAAUUAUUACAAUUCAUUUUAUUAUAUCUAAUUCAUUCUUGGUUCUACUUCAUCUUCUUAUAAUUUUCAAAAAAAUCUGCAAAAAUUAAUAGUCGUGAUUAUGAUUUUGACCAAAAUAAUCGUGAUUAUGAUUUUUUCCAUAAUCGUGCAGCCCUACCUAGUGCCCUACUGUUUGGCCAGGGCAGGGCCUGGCAGUGCCACAUUUGACUUUGUGACCUGCAGUUCGGUCAAAUUAUAUCUAAGUUAAGCCUUCUUCAGCAGUUCAAUGGUUUGAAUGUUAUUGUCAACAAGAGACAAAGGCACAAGGCAAGGGCUUUUAACCCAGGCCAUGCUUUUAUAGAGCAACCAGUAUUUCUCCAGUCUGAAUCCUCUUAUAAUUGGUUAUUCUGAACAAAUGCCACGAUGGCUGUCAUAUAAGGGAUCAGGCUGGGCUAAUGUAUAAUAAAUCUGUUAUAAACUGUCAGAUGUGAUACUUUGCACUUGGAAUGUCUGAUAAAUGGACAGUAAGUUUUAACAAUAGAUUAUUGCUCGUCCUUCAUAAAAGAAGUCUACUGGCUUCCAACUUGUUUGAACUGUUUGUGAUGACGAACUUAGUUCUGACUCAUGUUUUCAGUUUUGGCACUUCUGUUCAUGUAGCCUACUGUCUUUUUAACCCAAGCUCAUACAUGCAUGUGAGGGUUUGGUUUUGUGUCAAAUUGCAAGUUGUGGGGAACUGUCCCUUUGUUUUGACAAAAAAUAAAAUUCUUGAAAGGUGUGCAAGUC